AUGGAAAGAAAUCUGAAUAGGUUUAAAUUUAUUAAUAAUAAAUUAUUAGGUAGGAAAAAACCUAUUAUAGAAAGGGAAUUAUCAAGCGAAGAAGAAAUGGAUGUCAUAUCAGAUACAUCAGAUUAUCAAACGGAAACAAUUGCUGAUAGAAAUGAGGUAUUGAAAGAUUGUUUACCGUUACUAGAAGACCCCGAUUUAGAAUCAAAAUUGAAUCGUGAUUUUUUGAAAAUGUAUUUAACUGCUGCUUUUUCACUACAAUUACCAUCACAAAUGACUGCACUAGAUGCAUCACAACCAUGGAUACUGUACUGGGUUGCUAACUCCCUCUAUAUGUUAGAUGCUGCUUGGCUUACUGAUGAUCAUAAGAAAAGAUUAAAAGAGAAAAUAUUUGUUAUAUCGCCCGAUGGUGGUCCCUUUGCUGGCGGUAUAGGACAAUUACCACAUGUUGCUGCUACUUAUGCUGCUAUCAACACUCUAACUCUUUGUGAUAAUAUUGAUAAUAGUUGGGAUCUUGUAAACCGGGAUGCUAUUCUUAAUUGGCUACUUUCAAUAAAGCAAAAAAAUGGUGGAUUCAAGACAUCUUUUACUGUGGGGGAAAAUGAUACAAGAGGUGUAUAUUGUGCGUUGAGUAUUGCAUCAUUAUUAAAUAUAAUAACUCCAGAGCUUACUGAAAAUGUAUUAGAAUAUCUAAUAGCAUGUCAAAAUUUUGAAGGUGGGUUUGGUGGAUGUCCUCAGGAAGAUGAAGCACAUGGAGGGUAUACAUUCUGUGCAGUUGCUGCUCUUGCAAUUCUGGGUAAACUUGAUUCGAUCAAUAUUCCCAAACUAAUAGAAUGGUGUGCCACUAAACAAUACAAUGAAGAAAAAGGUUUCUGUGGAAGGAGCAAUAAACUGGUGGACGGAUGUUACAGUUUUUGGGUUGGAGGUACUAUUGCUAUCUUAGAGGCUUACGGAUAUGGUGAUUAUAUAUUUGAUCAUGAUAGCCUUCGCGAAUACAUACUUCGUUGUUGCCAAGAUGAUAAAAUGCCAGGAUUAAGAGAUAAACCAGGAAAGCGUCCUGAUUUUUACCACACAAAUUAUGUUCUAUCUGGGUUAGCCAUUACAGAAUACAAAUUCGAUAUUUUGGAUAAAACUAAUGCUACCUCGAUUAUUGUGAAGAAACGUGAUAAUAUAGGAUAUUCAGAACUAAACCCAGUUAAUCCAAUUUAUGGCAUUCCAAUAGAUGUCGCAUCAAAGAUAUAUGAUCAUUUUAGGUAA